CGUGUUUACCGCUUCGUACCGAGCGGUUGUAGUUCAGAUUUUAUAAAAGAGUUGAAAAUUCAACAAGGGGCUUGCGUCGCGUUAACCGGAAUUCGAGCUAUGCUUGGCUUUUUUCCUAUAUCAUCGAAGUCUUGACUAUACUGAUCAGCCAAGACCAGCAUGAGAAACAUGAACCCAGUUUUAUCAGCUCUGUGGCUGCUCCUUGUACUGAUCAUACCACAAAAUGAGGCGGCACGGGAAAAUCCACUAAAAGAUCCACGAGUCUGCGGUCGCCCACAAUGCGAUACGUCAUCCACGAAAUUCGAUUAUGGUUCUAAAUUAUAUAAAUAUGAUUAUGAGGUGUCGUUGCGCACAGAAUUCGCAGGCUCUGGAGAUAAUACCUCUGAUCUAUUCUUAAAAGCCGAUGUGGAGAUAUUCUUUCCCAAGGACUGUGAAGGCUAUCUGCGUAUUAAUGGUGUUAAACUUUACGACACGAUUCAAGAAUCUAACGAAUCCGGCAGCGAGAGCCAAACAAAAGAUGAAUAUGAUUACUAUGACAAUUUGCCCAGUAGUUCGAGUGAAGUUUCAGAUUUUGAGAAUUUGCAUCCAAAGUCAAACGAAAUGUCAGCUGACUUGACAAAGAACCUUCUGCGCUUUGCCUUUCACGAUGGACUGAUAGGCGAGGUGUGUCCCACCGAGCAGGAAACGUCUUGGGUUCUUAAUUUCAAGAAGGGCAUAUUGUCAAGCUUCCAAAAUACAAUGUUGCGUUUCGAUGUAGACUUCAACACCACUGAAACGGAUGUAUCCGGCGAAUGUCGUGUACAGUAUGAGUUGGAGAACACGGACAGCGUCUAUGUAACGAUAAGAAAGACCAAGGACAUUGCCACUUGCCGACGUCGUUAUUCCACACAGUCUGUGCUGCAGACAACGCCGUACACCUUCCGCGAUGACAAGACCAUUUUGCCAAUUUUGAAUUCGCAGAGUUACUGCAAUCUGACUAUCGACAAGAGUGUGUACCACAAGAUCAGCUGCCUUGAGACGCAUUUACUUGUCCCCUUCUCAAACGGUAGCUCCGGCGCCUUGACCACCUCGAAAAGCACCUUGCUACUCACAGGCAGCAACGACUAUAGCAUUAGCGAGUUUCUUGAGCAGAAUGUCGAGAUGGUCGAACGUCGUUCACCACUCAUCUUUGACCAUACACCACUUGUGAAGCCUACUCAUGAUCAGAUAACGGCUGCCCAUGAACUGUUAAAGAAUAUGUGUGCUCUUGGGUUACCCAAUAUAAAGCGCGAGUUCAUCGAUGCGUUCACGAACUUUCUGCAGGCCACAAAGAGCCUGGACUACAAGACACUGACGGUGCUACUGCAGCGUUCAGCUGGUAUUUGCACUCAGGGGAAAAACCACGUGCUUGAAUCGCUGCCCUACAUUGGAAGCACUGCCUCGUAUCAAGUAAUGCGCGAUCAAAUCGUGAAUGAAAAACUCUCAAAACAAAUGGCGCACAACUGGAUGACAUCGCUGUCCUUCAUUACACGUCCCGAUGAGCAGACGCUGGAGACUUUUUACACUAUUCUUGACUAUGCGCGAAACAAACUAGAUCCUGAGUACACUUUGGGAUCCACGGCUGUGGUACACAGCUAUUGCAGGCAUCACGAGAAUUGCGAGGAGAAUCUCAGGAUCGCAAAGAUCAUAAAUCUGCUGGAAACUGAAUUUCUCAGCCAGUUCAAAAGGUAUCGCGGCGACCGGAAACAACAUGAACGCUUGACAGUACUGCUCAAAGGAUUGGGAAACAUUGGCAUAAUGACCAAUGACUUCGCCAUACAGCUCCAGUCGAUCAUCAACGAUAAUACGGUACCAAUAAACAUUCGAUUGCAGAGCAUAUUCUCCUUUAGACGGGUCAAUUGCCAAAGACAUCGCAAGUUCUUCUUGGAUUACUAUGGAGACUACACUCGCAACUCGGAGUUGCGCAUUUUCAGUUAUCUGCAGACGAUGCGUUGUCCUGACUACAUAUCUGUAGCUCAAAUUAAAUCCAUACUCGAGAACGAGGAAAUCAAUCAGGUUGGUUCCUUUGUUUGGUCGCAUCUUACAAAUUUGGCGAAGUCCAAUUCGCCAGUGCGGAUUGAGGCUCAAGGUCUGCUGCUAAACGAUGAAUUAUCGGAAAAGUUCAAGAUGGACAUACGCAAGUUCUCCCGCAAUUAUGAACACAGCUUGUUCUUUGACGAAUAUAAUUUUGGAACCACAACUGAUGCUAAUCUGAUAUUCGGCACCGAUUCGUAUCUGCCACGCCAUGUGAGCCUUAAUUUCACCGCCGAUCUAUUCGGCCAAUCUGUCAACUUUUUUGAAUUCAAUGCGCGAGCCGAAGGUUUUGAGGAAUUGGUCGGCAGUGUCUUCGGUCCCAAGGGUCCGUUGAAUAGUGAUUUACUACAAAAGAAGUUAUCGUUCCUUAAUCGUUGGUUGGGUAAUGAAAGCGCGGAGAAAGAUGACACCUUGGAGAAUCUGCUCAGUCUUGACAAUCUGCGGCUGAAGCGUAAAGUUGUGGACACCACUCAAGAUGGGGAAGAUACAGAAUAUGUAUUCGAAGAGGACGAAUCCGAAGGCGAGCGAUCCCAGCGUUCUAAGCGCAAUGCUGAAACAACAGCAAAAACAAGGAAACAAACAAUCGAUCGCAACGUUGACCAAUUGGGUUAUAAGCUGAACUAUGACUACAACAAUCCCCGGGCCCAGUUUGGAAUGCGGAUCUUUGGCAACGAUUUGCGAUAUUAUAAUGUGGAGUCCAUGGCCGAGGUGGCACUGCUGGCCACACAGUUGAGUCCCCUCCAGCAGGCAAAGAAGCUGCUAUCCGGUAAGCCAUUCAGUUACAGCAAGUCGAGCCUGUUUCUCGAUGCAUCUUACAGUGUACCCCUGGCGGUGGGUAUGCCGUUGGCUAUACAUGCUUUCGGUGCCUCAUCCGUUGACCUAAGCAUUGCUGGCAAUCUGGACAAACUCGAUGCCGACUGGCAUUUUGAUGUGCAGGGGCGGUUCAAGCCCUCGGUGUCGGUGGACGUCAUAACAACUAUGCAGACGGAUAUGUUUUGGGGCCAGUCGGGUAUCAAAGUCAAGAGUAAUUUGUAUUCUAACUCGGAGGUGGAAGCCAACCUAAAGAUGCGCGGUCGCAAUCUUAUUUCAUUCUCCUUCAACCUGCCGCAGGACAAGAACGAAAUCUUUAGCGCACGCUCCGAGUUAAUCGUGGUCAAACGAGAUACAGAGUUGCCCCAGGCAGGCAUUGAGAAACGCAGUGCUAAUUCUACCUGUACUUGGGAAGUGCUGGACCAGGCAAUUGGACUGCAGAUGUGCUCGCACUAUAGUGUGCCCGAUUUGAGCAAUGCUACAGAGGCUUAUCCCAGUUUAUUGUUGACUGGCCCACUUAAUCUGAGUCUGAUACUCAAAAAAUCCGAUCUGUCAGCCAAGAGGUUUGUGUUCGAGUACAAUUGGGAUCAGGAGGAGCCGGACAAUAACAAUUUUACUAUGAUAUUCAACACACCAGGCUCAAAAGUGCCUCGACUCCUGGUUGCCAACAUGACCAGCGUUCCCGGUGCUUUCAACGCGUCGGUAGCAUUUGAACGUGGUGAAAGCCGUACCUCCGCAGGGCUUAGCUAUGAUGGCAAUCCUGACUAUAGACGCCUCGAUGUCUAUCUCGACAAUAAUCGCAAUCGAUCACUUGACUUGGCAUUGGAGCUACGACGCUUCCAGGAUAAUACAGCCGUGUUAUUUAGGCCACGCAUGCUUCUGUCAGUUAAUGGAGUUAACAUUACUGGCUUGAUUGGUAUGAUCAAAAUCAAUGAGAAGAAUGGCGUGAAGCAGCACGACGUAGAUCUCUCUUUUGAGACGAAGAAGCUGCAAGCUCUGAUCAAGGGCAACAUUAUACAGACAGAAGUGACGACCUCAACUAAUAUGACAAUCAAUUACAUGUUUGAGGCGAACAAACCCGAGACAAUCAACUUUGCCGGACGUUUGAUGAAUCAUGGUGUCAACUCGAAAACCGAGUACCGAGGCAACAUGAAACUGAGGACAACAGCGUAUCCAAAACUGAACUUUGCCUCGAAUGUCACAUGGCUCAGCUUGCAGGGUCAUACUGAAGGAGCUAUCACGUAUAAUAAUGCACCGGAUUAUAGUAACCCCAAUUACACAAGCCUGGCCAGAGUAGUCUUUGCACGCUCCCACUCCGAUGACUUCACUUUAGGAGAAACGCAGACACGUGCUAGCCUUGAGCUAAAGUUGCCCAGAUCGAAGAUUGACUAUCGCAUUAUGGUCAACCAUGACGAACGCAAUAAAAAUGGACCUGAACAGACUUUCAUUGUGGGACUCAAGUAUGCGCCCGAUAAGGAGAUAACGGGUUUGUUCUCAGUACAUCUGCCCCAUAGAAAUCUCUUUGCUGUCGACGCCUAUAUGAAUGUAUCCGUACCGGACUUUAAUUCAUGUACUGUCAGUUUAAGAGUCAACGAAAAGGCCACUAAGGAUUAUAUGAUAUAUGUCAAUGGCUCUUGGUUCACGGGUCAUUCAAUAGCAAUCAAGGGUAACUACAAGGAUCGUAGCACUCAACUUCAAGCUUUGCAUCACCUUAAACUGAUCGUGGAGAGUCCAUCAUUUGACGCGACCCAACUUAAUAUCGUAUAUAGACGAAAUCAAUUGGUGAUCUUCUACGAUGUUCAGGCCAAGUACGGCAAGGAUCCGUAUGGCUUGACUAUACAAUACCAAUCCAACGAGCAAAAUCGCAACUCCAAUGCUGAAGUGCGCUUAAAAAUCAAGGAGAAGGACUAUUGGAUCACUUCCAAACUGCUUUCUGAGCAACCCAAGCUAUUGCAGCUCGAGAUGCACAUUGACAAAAUUCGUGACAUUCACAUUCAAUUGGGACUACUGAACAUUAACAGGCGCAAGGAACUGUCGCUGGAGCUGAAAUGGGAUGCUAACCGUGAUCCCAGCCAACGCUUGGGUCUAUUACUCGAGUACAAUAGUCCGAGCAAUAAGCACUAUGAUGGCAACCUCAUGGUAACCUACCCGGAACGCACAAUUAACUGUGGCUUCAGCGCAUUUACCGGUGGUCCUAAAUAUUAUGGCAAGGGGCACGUCUCCUGGAGCAUCACAGAAGUUAUUGAGCUCAGCUAUGACGCGGGCAUUAUGCCCGGUAAGACGCUCCACAAUUGGGUGCACGCUGAGCUAAAUACUCCCUUUAAUGGCUGGCGUUCCAACAGUUUGCGCGCAGGAGUCUACAAUUUGAAUAAUUUGAUUCUGAUCAACUCUACGCUUUCCUGGGCUGACGAUCAGUUGCUGGAGCUGGGAUUUAAAAGUGAUCACGACAUACGAGACCAGCUAAUUAGCUUCGAUGUGCGGCUUGGCAUCAACAGCACCAUUAAGGAUAUUCCCACAAUUAACAUAAAGGUGCAGCAUUCGCAGGAUGUCAAGAAAUACGACACCGAUUUAUAUUUGCGAUACAAGCAGAACGAAACCUUCAACACGUAUAGCAUCAAGUCCAACUGGGAUGUAGUACGCACACAGGGCUAUCACAAUGUCUCCGGCACAAUGUCUCUCGUUAGUCCUUUCGAAGGCUAUCGCAAGGGAGGUCUCGUGGCCAUGUUCAUGCUAAAUGACAAGCGAGAGGUGCAGGGAGCUGCUUCCCUUGCGUUCGACAUACGUGAGUUUACCUUGACCAUGGAUGGCUAUGUGAGGAAAGUAACGGACAAUAUGCUGACCAUCAACAUAACAACACCUCUGGAGAAAUUCCAAACUAUUCACGGUCGCUUCGGCCUCAAUGAGAAGAAGCGUCAUGCUGUCGCAGAGGUGCGAGCGCCGACAGUCGCAUUGGGAGUAGAAGCUCUGGCUGAUAUUAAGAAUUUGCUGGACUUUGAUGUCAAGCUAAGCAUUGCCACGCCCAUUGAGACUUUCCAGCAAGCAGCCGUCCUGGCCAAGUUCCACACAGAUCGAGUUGACAUGCGUGGCAUCUGGAACAAUUCCACACUGGGCUUCACAGGAGUCUGGUACAUGAAUAAUUUGACCGACUUUCAAUAUUCGUAUCUGGUGUUCACACCUCUGGCUGGCUUCGAAGAGAAUGGCUUCAUAUUGCAGAUUUUGUAUAGGGAGUCCUUGAUUGUACAGAUGCAUGGAAAGCUAUCGAACUACAAGCUCGGAAUUAAGCUCAAUAAGCAGCCCAAGUUGAAGCUGGUCAAUCAGCUGAGCAGCCAGAAGAUGCAGCUUGACAUGCACUUCGAUGAUGACUUCCAGCCACCUAGAAUUGAGGAAGAAGACGAUGAAGAGUACCUGUCCUCCUUGACUACUUUCGAAUUGGACUCUUUGGUAUGGCCAACUAUUGUGGGAAAGGUUGACGUACAGGAGAAUCUUGAUAUGUAUUUCAUUGUGGGCAAUGUGGAUCUGCCUCAGGGCAGAGUUGAGUUCAGGGAUCGCUUGUACUAUCCAGACUAUAUCAAUAUUUUAAAUGUGCUCACAGUGACCUCUCCCUUUGCCAUCGCCAAGGACUUAAAGUGCAUUGUUGAGUACCACGUCGAUUUGUACUUUAAUUUCUUUUAUAACCGCAUAGAGUUUAUGGUCCGCAAUAAAUUAGCGGUAACUACUGAAUUGGGAGUUGAGCUCAACUAUACUAAAGUCGUAGAUAAUGUUAGGCCACAGGCUCAUAACGUGGAACUGACGCUCAUCACGCCCUAUGCACAGUUACCUGAGAUCCAACUUCGAGCUCACAUCGAGAUGGAUGACAAGAACACGUAUAAGGGAAACAUCAGCUCAACAACAGCUCAUACUCAUUUAUCGAUAGCUGCAUCAGUAGAGAAUGAGGACAACUUCCUGGAAACCUCUGUGGGCAUCUUGCUGGAUACACACGUCGUACCUCAUUAUGCCUGCAAUUUGUACUUUAAGAAGGACUAUUCGGCCGUAGAUAACGUCGUCGACAUUAGAUUUGAAGUCGACGACAAUGGAAAUCUCAAUCACCUGCACAUUGAAACGGACUGGCACACAGAUCCGGAGAAUUAUUUCAACAUUAAUGGCAAAGUAUUAACUACUAUGUUACCAUUGAAACUUGCAUCCACUUCGGCGUUGGCAACAAAAGGAGCAAAUCCCCAGCUAAAUUUUGAUCUUACUUUCUUGAAUCAGGAAGGCGAGACCAUCGCCUACGGUACACGAGCCAACAAGAGAAAUGAUGUGUUCAACAUUGAAGUCUGGACGCCCUUGCAGAACUACAGAAAUAUCUCGAUGCACGGCACAGUUGUACGCAACGGAAGAGAUCCAAGGCGAUAUGAUGUAUCUGGCAACUUGUACCGCAACAUGGCCACCUAUGGCAUCUCGGGUGCCAUACUGAUGACCGAUGGCAUACCGAUGCAAACGAAGUUGCGUGUUGAGCCCAAAGCCGGAGGAGCGGAUGGAGUCAUUGAGUUGAAUAUACAGGAGGCGGAUGCUAAGAAGCUGCGCUUCUCCUUCGAUGCCAUUGAAAACGGUAAACGGUGUCAGAUUUCUGGUGGAUACAGCAUAGGCAGCAACAAUGCCAUGGACUUCUCUGUCCUCGUGGAGAGCUCCGUGCCUGAAAUUUCUCAUAUAAAUUUCUAUGGCAAUCUUAAACCUAUGGACCAGGGACGUCUGGUGGGCGAUGUGAAUUUGGUGACUCCGUGGAGGAAGCUGGGCAUUGACUCAGUUCAUCUGCAUUCUGAGCUAGGUCUGCGUGCUGACGGAUCCAAGGUCAGUGGAUCAUACCGAUUUGGCAAUCACACUGGUCGUAGCAUCUUUAGCUGGUCCCCGCUUUUGGCAGAGACCUGGCAGAUGGAGCUGGACAGCUACAUGGAGCGACCUGGCGCUCAGCCACGCACUCUGCUGGCCAGUGCCAAGUACCUGAAUCCUGGCAAAAACUUCCUUCAACUGCAAUCAGCUGGGCAUGUGAGUGUCGACUCCAAAUGGACAUUUGAUUUUAAUAGCAGCCUCCAUAAAAAAUCUUCGGAUGACAUGGAGUUUGCUUUGGUCACUCAGUUGCCGCUACCAGUGGGCGAUAGGCAUGAACUGAAUUGUAAUUAUCGUGGCAACCUUGUAAGCAAACAGCUCCAAACACCCAACUUCUUCAUUGAGAUCGGCUACGAGACUCUGGAGACCGAGAACAAGCUGUUAUCGCGUCUGUCUUACCGAAAUGUCACCAACAAUCUGAAUGCUUUGGGCCAUCUCGAAUGGGGAAAAAAACAGAAUCUUUCUGUUAUCGAAGGAGACUUUGUAAUGGAAAACAAACAAGGAGGACGCAGGGAGUUCCUGGCCAAGCUGAAAACGCCUCAGUUCAAAGAGGAGCACACACUGAAGCUAAGAGGAAACUUCGACAAGCCCAACUCUGACUUCUACAAUCUGGUGUGUGUUCUCGAUUAUCCGGAGAGGCGCCGCAUCGCCGAUUUGGAUGUUUCUUUUAACUCCCACACCAAUAUGCAUGGUGCUGUCAAUACAAGCACACCUUUCCUGAACCUGACCUGGUUCAAAACAGACUUUGAUUUCUCCACCAAAAAUGGUCGCAGCUAUCGGUUUAUAAACUGCAAUUGGCCGAAGGACAGUGCCUUUUUCAAGCUGGACAGCAACUACAAUAGCGACGAUACCAAACACAAUCUGAAUGGAAUAAUCGAAAUUGAAGUUCCAUUGACAUCUCGUCAUCGCGCUGAUGUUUCCUAUGGACUGCAGAAGCGUCCCAAUUUGGAUUCCGGUAACUUGAAGGUUAUGUACAAUAAGCUGCAGGUUCUCGACGGCAAGUACAAACGUGUGGAGCAAAAGAAGCAUCCCUUUAACAAGGAGACCACGGACAUUACACUGGAGAACGAUAUGAAGCCACUUGGAAUUCAUUAUGUGAACACUCAGGAUAUGCGUAAUCCGCUUGGAGUACGAGACAUUAAACACAUCGAAGUCUUUGAGUUGCGCAAUACGAAAAAUUUCAAUCUGACCGGGGAGCUGCAUGCUCUGAGCACUCGAACGGCCCAGGAGCUGAAGAUGGUGGUUAUUCAUCCUAAUCGCGCUGUUGUCUUUACUACGAAGUUCGAAGAUGUCAGUCCAAGGGUUGUUCGUCAGCACGCCAAGAUCGAGUUAUCCGAAACAGCAUGGAUAGGCUAUAACCUAGAACUGGGCAACUUCAGUACGCAUGCCAAUGAGUCGCAGCGCUUUGCCCUAGAACUCUUCUAUCCAAAUCGCAAUCUGACCACCUCUGGCUGGUACUACCUCACGGACAAUAACUUUAAUGCUGAUUUGGCAUUUAAAUGGGCUGGCACAAACUCCAAAGAUGGGUCCAGAAAUAUUGCAAGUAACUUCCGAUGGGCAUUAGAGCCAUUGCAAGCAGGAGAUCGCGAUCAUCAAACAUUUGGCCUAAGAGUGACACAUCCAUAUCUAGAGAAAGAUAUAAAUUGCAAAGCUGUCUAUUAUCGCGGCACAAAGGAAUUGCUUAGAACUCAUCUAACCAUCGACUACUCAGACAGUCCCGAGCAACUGAUUACGCUAGGUACCCAGCUAAAGGAUUUAUACUCUGAACUGGGUCAUACGAAUUAUACGUUUAAGUUCUAUGGAUAUCAUCCAGCCUCGGAACUGGAUAUUGAAUUAAAUGGCACCUUGGCCGCGCGUCCCUCGUAUUACAAAACUGAAUCAACGGCACAUUAUAAACGCGAUUAUUCACCCCGAUAUGGUAAGUUCCUUGCCCUGCUGGAUCUCAACAAACGGGAGCUGGAGUACGAGCGCCAAUCGCCAUAUCACACAUCGCGUCUCUGGCUGCUACCUACCACGAAAUAUCCCAUUUAUGGUCUUAAUGCCACAAUUUGGGAUACGCCCGAUACGAAUCACACGGGCUACAUCUACGUGGACAUCGCCAGGCGUCUUGCUCGUAUGGACUUCAAUCUCACCGAGGAUGCCAGUCAGAAUUUGCAAAUGGUCGGCUAUAUACCCGACACGCGUAGUGGUUACCUGGAUAUCUGGCGGAACUAUGAAGAGAUACGCAUCAUUGAUGUCAGCUCAUAUUUGAAAAUGAAUCACUCACGCCUAAUUACGGGUCGUUUCCACUGGCGUCCCGAAAUCAAAAAUGAUAUCCGCACAAAGAUCAAUGGCUUCGGUAACGCGAUUUAUGGCUCCUUCUCCGACGGAAUUGAUUUCUGGAUCAAAUCUGUUUACACCGAGUCUACGGAAUCGAUAGGCGUCAUUUGGAGAACGGCGAAGGAAUAUAAUAGUAGAUUUAUUGACGAUAUCAGCGAAUUAAGCGUAUUGGAAGAUGAUCUGAACGACCUGCGUCUUUUUGUCAAUCAGUCGUACGAGGCCAAUGAUUUCUAUAUCAAAAAUGUAGUAAACUUUACAUUGACCAUAUUAGAUGAACUAGCGAUCAGGGAUCACAUUGAGUCUUUGCCCAAAAUCUUUUCUGAGCUAUGGCAGGCCAUGGGCGACUCUGGAAAAGCGCUACGCGAAAGCAUUGUCUGGCUAAUAGAUACCAUUAAAAAGACGUACAACAAUGUUCUCGAUGCGAUCAGUCGCUUUUUCCAUGGCGAAAGCUUAACUUACAUUUCAUCGUUAAUGGAGAAGGGCAUAGAGAAGUAUGACAAGUUUGUCAAGGAUCUGCACAUCAAGUUUAUCAAAUACAUUGAGAACUUGUGGCACAAGUCCUGGCAUCUGGCUGAAACCUACUGGAAGAAUGUCCUUAAACGCUUCGAGCCGCAUUUGUUCAAGAUCAUAAGUUUUAUGGAGACCACCGCAUGGGAUUUAAGCAAGGAGGUCUUUGAUUUCAUUUACAAACGCACAAACGAAUUGGCCGAGUCUCCUUACUUCAAUAAGGUCUCUAGCUUUACAGCAGAUGCCGAGAGAUUGUAUAGAGAUUUCCAAGCUAACGAUGCCAUAACUAAUAUCAAGAAAUACUCUACGUUGGCAUGGAACUUCAUCAAGGAGAAAUAUUUUAAGCUGGUGCCGUUUGGUGCUGAACUUAACGAAGUGCUCACCGAAAUUUGGAACGAGAUCAAGCAACUAGAAAAGAUCGAGAAUGUGCAAAUUGUUCUUCAGAAAUACAACGAAAUUGUAGCGCGUUUGGAAUGGAUAGCCGAUGAACUGCAACUUGAAUAUCGCAUCCAUCAACUCUACGGAUUAUUGCGCAAUAAACUCCGCAACUAUGCGCUGAAUGCGUUAGAAACUGCGGAUAUGUACAGAGAAGCAAAGACCAAAUUUAUUUUUGAUCCAGAGGUUGGUAUUAUUGAUUUGGAGCAAAAGCUGCCUAUGUCCUGGCAUGCAUUCAAUGAGACGCCCAAAUUCGAGGAGAUUCCCGAAUAUAAAAUGCUCUCAAAGAUCCAAAGCUUCCUAAGCGAAACCAAUUCUACAAUUAUCAUGAAGUUGUACAACAUGCGAGCUCACUUGGAUCCCAAGACCUGGUUGCCGCCUUAUUACUCUCGAGCUCUGCUCAUUGAUUCCAGGCAUUAUAUGACCUUUGAUCAGCGAUUUGUAGGACUUAAUCUGAAUAUGGAUCAACUAUCUCAAGCGCAAUGUAGUUAUUUGUUGGCCCACGACUUUUUCAAGCGCAACUUCACGCUGCUUCUGGAGCCUGCGACACAAUCCAAGUCAAGCCGAGACACUGGUCUUCUUCCCGCACGUAAGCUGACCUUCAUUGUCAAUAGACAACUUAUUGAAAUCGAUCUGGCUACCGAUAACAUCAGUGUUAAUGGCAAUCCACAGCCCAUUUUGCCACUGAAACUAGACGCGGUUACCAUCUACCGAGACCUGGAUAUACUAUCGAUUGUCUCAGAUACACAGUUCAGUCUGCACUGUAACGUUCAGUUCGAUCUCUGCUGGUUCGAAGUCAGUGGUUGGUAUUUUGCCAGGACGGCUGGUCUGCUAGGCACGCUCAACAACGAGCCCUAUGAUGAGUACACUAUGUCGAACCGGCUCAUUACGAAUCAGACGCAAGAGUUCACAGACUCUUGGAGUCUGCAACACUGCAAACCCAAGCAGUUGCCUCCAAUUCAAAAGAUUACCUCAGAUGUGACCUCAACGUGCAACAACUUCUUCCGAACGAGAAUUUUGUCCGCUUGCAGUGCUGUUGUAGAUCCAACACCAUUUUACGAGAUGUGUCUUGACCUGGGUAGCAAGUCGCAGAGCAUUCGGCCUGGUCAUCCAGCUGUGAAAGGUGCAUGCUCAGCUGCAUUGGCCUAUAUCGAGGCUUGCACAGCGCUUAAGGUGCCAAUGCGAGUUCCGGAUCAGUGUGUGUUCUGCCAACUGAGCAAUGGAUCCUACGUACCAGAGGGUCAGUUCAUUAAUCUAAAUGGCUCAGAUAUUCCGAACAGUAGCGACGUCGUCUUCAUUGUGGAAGCCAAGCCUUGUAAUGCCAAUCUCAAGGUGUCCAAGAGCAUAAUGAGUGUUGUUUCCAGCAUUGAGGAACAAUUGCAGGCAGCCAAGCUAACUAAUAAUCGCUAUGCUGUGAUGGCUUUUGGUGGCGUUGAGCCUUUCGACAAACCCCGCAGUAUAUUCUUUGAACGGAAUGUGUUCACAUCGAAGCCCGAUCAGUUGGCCAGUUACUUCGAUCACAUCAAUACAGGAAAUGGCAGCAGCAAUGAUAUUCUUACUGCCAUAUCAAAGGCAUCACGCUUGAAUUUCCGUCCAGGCGUGUCGAAGACCUUCAUUCUGCUUUCAUGCAGCAAUUGUGCAGCAAAGGACACGCGUUUCGACUACAAUUCCAUUCUGCAAUUCAUGAAGGAGGAAGGCGUCAAUCUGCACAUUCUGGCUGACACCGAAUUCGAUUUUGAGCGCGAAAAGAAACUGCGUCACUUCUUUGGCAUGGAUAAGCAUGUCGUCUACUCCAAGCGCUUCCCCGAGGGCAAUGCCGAGGCACGAACGCAAGCGCACAUGUCUAGGAGCAAUUUGGGACGCUGCACGCCUCUGGCCUUGGAAACAAAUGGAUCUGUGUUCAGUGCCCGCAAAUUGUCGCCAGAGCGCAAGUAUCCUAUUCUGCGUUUUGCCACCAUCUUUGCCAAGCGUGUGGCCCAAAGUGCCACGCCGAUAAGCGCGCAGACCUGUGAGUGUUCUGGCCACAACUCAGGCGUGUCUUACUUGGUGUGCUCCCCUCCAGAUGUACCCGAAGAGAGGGGCAGCCAGGACGAAUAUGAUGAUUUCGACAACUGGGAAGGAGAUGAUGAACUCGACAAGGAAGUCUAAGCAUAUUGCAUGAGUUUAGUUUAGAUGCGAUUAGUUAGUUAGUUAGUCAUCUCCAACGAAAUGUAAAGUCUUUUCUAAAUAAUUUGAAUCACAUUUUGUAUAAAUAAAUAUUAAUCGAAAGCCAUAAGCGGAGAUGAAAAAGCUAUUAUCAUUAAAGCGGAAA